UAGAAUUUGGAUAUUUGGCGACGUGGCGACCAAGAAAUUUGUGGAAGCCAUCGAGAGGACGCGAGCCGAGAGUCGUGGGAAUAUUUAUGGAUGACCAAGAAAUUUCCCGCAACUUCCGAAUCAUCGAAGGAAUUAAGGAACGCAUCCGAUUACGUCAUUGAGUUGAGUCGGCUAAAUUCUUCUAUAUAACGACGCCUUCUCCCCUACUCUCCAUUCAUCCGUAAAUCUUUCCCAUUGAUUUCAUCUCUUUUCACAACUUAGCCAAAGUUUAAGCUAGCUUCGACGAAAGAUGCAGAUCUUCGUGAAAACUCUAACCGGCAAGACCAUCACUCUCGAGGUCGAGAGCUCCGACACCAUCGACAACGUAAAGGCCAAGAUCCAGGACAAAGAAGGCAUCCCGCCGGAUCAGCAGCGCCUUAUCUUCGCCGGGAAGCAAUUGGAGGACGGUCGCACCCUCGCCGACUACAACAUCCAGAAGGAGUCGACUCUCCACCUCGUGCUCCGCCUCCGUGGCGGCAUGCAGAUCUUCGUCAAAACCCUAACCGGGAAGACCAUAACCCUAGAGGUCGAGAGCUCUGACACCAUUGACAACGUCAAGGCUAAGAUUCAAGACAAGGAAGGCAUCCCUCCGGACCAGCAGCGCCUGAUCUUCGCCGGGAAGCAGUUGGAGGAUGGCCGUACCCUCGCCGACUACAAUAUCCAGAAGGAGUCGACCUUGCAUCUGGUUCUCCGAUUGAGGGGAGGGAUGCAGAUCUUCGUCAAGACCCUAACCGGGAAGACCAUCACCCUCGAGGUCGAGAGCUCCGACACCAUCGACAACGUCAAGGCCAAGAUCCAGGACAAGGAAGGCAUUCCUCCGGAUCAGCAGCGCCUGAUCUUCGCCGGGAAGCAAUUGGAAGACGGCCGCACCCUCGCCGACUAUAACAUCCAGAAGGAGUCGACAUUGCAUCUGGUGCUCCGAUUGAGGGGAGGGAUGCAGAUAUUUGUGAAGACUCUGACAGGGAAGACGAUAACGCUGGAGGUGGAGAGCUCGGACACCAUAGAUAACGUGAAGGCAAAGAUACAGGACAAGGAAGGGAUUCCUCCGGACCAGCAGAGGCUCAUCUUUGCCGGGAAGCAGUUGGAGGACGGUCGCACCCUCGCCGACUACAACAUUCAGAAGGAGUCCACCCUCCACCUUGUCCUCCGCCUCCGCGGUGGUCAUCUCUAAUUGAUUUUCCUUUCCCUUCUGCUUUUGUGGGUGCUGCUGAUUAAGCCUGCCUUGGCUUUUAGCAUAGUAGUUAAUGAAUAAGUGAAUAAAAACGUUUCAAUGUAAUUACUAUUUCUCUUCUCUGAAUCGAAUUAUGCUAGCUUGUUAAAAUU